AUGUUUUACCUGAAGAAGUACUUCACAGAGGGCCUCAUACAGGUGGCCAUCCUGCUCAGCCUGUGUGGCGUCAGGGUGGACUUGGGUCUGGACCCUCACUUGCCCCAGUCCUGGCAGGACAGGGUUCUGGGACCAACCUCGGCGCUGACCCAAACCCAGUUCCAUAACCUCCGCAACCGCCUCGACCACAGCUACAGACCCAGUGCCAAGACCUCCGAGCUGGAUGCCUUCUUCACCACCCGCCGACUGCUGGGUGGGCUUCGCUCUCUGGACAGACUGCAGAUCCCAGAUGCAGAACUGGAGACCUGGUUGGUCCAAAGAGAAGCAGACGGCAUCCCCAUAGGGCCCAGUGGCCCUUCAGACCAGCAGAGACAUCUCACCGGGAUGGACCGAGAUCCAGCUGAACCUGGACUCAGUACUGAGGAUGAUGGAGAGCGGCGCCUCCCUUUGAGCCAUCCUCCCAACCAGGAAGAAAGACAUGAACCUCAACACCAGGCCAUCGCCCUGCACACGGAGGGAGAGGAGGAGGACAUGGAAGAGGAGAAAGAGCAAGAGGAGGAGUCAGCCAGGAUCAGUUGGAGUGAAGGGGAGAGGAGAGACGGAGGAAGAAGAGGAGAGGGAGAUGAAGUCGUUUGGAGGACAGAAGGAGGAGGAUACGACCACGUCAGUGAGAGGGAGCUGGUCCCGAAUGAAGCAGCUCAGCUGGGUGAGGUGGUGCAGGUUGGUGGCACCACGACCCGACCCCACGUGAUGGAGGAUGCGAAUUGUCUCGGUCCAGACAGAGAGCCUUUCCUCUCUGGCCAGACCUCCCUGGACCUGGAGCUCCACUGGCAGGACCUGCUGGACCUCAUGGAUCCUCAGGACAUGGACGUCACCCCUGCUGCCGUGAGCUUGUCUCCUGGCAACAGACAUCGUGACAACACCCUGGAUGCUGAAGCUUUUGGAUCCUUUCAGGAUUCCAGUUCAGAAGUGUCACUCCGUCACGUUAGCAACAACAACAACGACCAACCUGCCAGUCCAGAGGCUCAACAGGACUUCACUUUAAAGGAGGCUGACCUGGUGCAAGGUUUCCUGGGGCCCCUGAGCCAAAUAGAGCCACAGGCGGCCCUGCUUCCUCUGAUGCCCAGCGCCGAGCUGAGCAUCCACCGGCCGGACUCAAACUCACUCCACGGUUGUCAGAGUCCCAGAGUGCACACCAUCAACCUGCUGGCUGCAGAUCGGUCGCUGGACUUCAGUUUGGGUCGGGACACUGAGAACGAAGCCGACCCCUUCAGUCUGAACAUGUUAACACCCCAUCCUGCUGAUAACACCACCCCCAGCACACCUUCACAGCUCCGCCUGCUGCCAUCAGGAGCCCCGUCCGUCUCCGCCCCAACUCCUCCUCAGCUCCAAGCCGACCUGUCAGCAAGCCUUCCCUACCUCUUUCUGGUUGAUGAAGAUGAGGUAGAGGAGGAAGAUGGGAAUGAAGGUGGAGUACCCAGUCCGCUGAGUGACCUCUUGGAGGAUGAUGCCAUGUUGGAGGAGAUUAACCUGUUCAAUCUGGCUCUAGAGGAAGGCUUCAGCCUGGAGAUGGGGGCUCGGUUGGAGGAGGAGGAGGAGGAGGCGGACACAGACUCCGGUCUUUCUCUGGACUUCAGUCACAGCCCUGCAUCUCCCUGCACCUCUGAGACCUCCUCCUCUUCUUCUUCAUCUGUCUCAUCACUGGGAAGUCUGUUCCCUCAGGAGGAGGAGGAUGAAGACAUGGAGGGGGCAGUGACCAUGAAGCAUGAGGAGCAGGAGGAGCAGGAGGAGGUGAUGGGGGCAGUGGGAGGAAACCAUCCAGCAGACGUCAGGCAAAUUUAUAGGGCGCCACGGGCGAUCAACUACCUCCCCUGGCAGGAGCACAUUGGCCACAAUCACACCUACAACCAGCCUUGGUGCUCCUCCUGUCCCCCACUGGGGGAGACUCAAAACAAUCUCUCCAAAUCCCCCCAGCAGCACAGCAGAGCCAAACCCUACCAGCGCUCCCCAUCCAAAUACAUCUCCGAGGCCAAACUCUGGAACCGGGACGAGAGGCGGGCAUGCUCCAUGAAGAUUCCCUUCUCCAUCGAGCUGAUUGUGAACCUGCCAGUGGAGGAGUUCAAUGAGCUCUUGGCUAGUCGUCGCCUCACUGAAGCGCAGCUCACCCUCAUCAAGGACAUCCGCCGCCGUGGGAAGAACAAGAUGGCUGCUCAGAACUGCCGGAGGAGGAAGAUGGACGUGCUGCUGGGGUUGGAGGGGGAUGUGUCCAGACUGAGACACUGCCGCCUUCAGCUACUCCAAGAGAGGCAGGAAGUGCUUACUUCCCUAAAGGAAAUGAAGCACCAUCUGGACAUUCUCUACCAGGAAGUGUUCUCCAGCCUGAGGGAAGAGGAAGGGAGAGGAGCUGACACUGCACAGGAGUGCGGCCUCCAGUUGGGAGCAAAUGGGAGCAUCACCCUGACAUCACGUCGACAGGGGGCGGCACUGCCAAGGUCAAAUGGCAAGACCAACAAGAAACCAAGAGACAAGAAGAAGUGA